AUGGACAAGAAGGAGGGUCUACAGAGGGAAAAGGACGGCAAUCUCUCGCGACCAGGCGCACUAUCUGCCCGACAGCCCAUGAGUGUCGAUGCCGAGCUUGCUCCAUUCGGUCAAUACGCUUGUCGUUUCUGGGUUGACCAUCUUUUUAGCUUGAAUGGAGUCGAUUGGACAAAACAAGAAGAGGCACUUUACGGGAAAUGGGUUCUGCAGUUCCUUGAGAGCCAUCUUCUUGAUUGGCUUAGGAACUUGUCUCUGCAGACUAAGCUCAGGGAUGGUACCAUAUCCAUCAAAAGACUCAUCCAGAUAUUUGAGAAUCGAGAUUCUGAAACUCUUCAGCUGGAGCUACUUCUCAAAGAUACUGAGAGAUUCAUGAUGCAGUUUGCUCCCAUCAUCGAACGCGCUCCAUUUCAGAUUUACGCCGCGGCCCUAGCCUUCUGCCCAAAUAACAGCAUUGUGCGGUCGACGUAUUGGGACCGGAUAUUGCCAUGGGCAGAAAAGAUCAGGACCACCCAGGAUGAUUGGAGUUCCGUGCUACAAGUUCUGGAGGGCCAUACUAGCCAUGUCUUUUCGGUCGCAUUUUCCAACGAUGGUAAACUGAUCGCCUCGGCUGCAAUGGAUGGUACUGUUCGCCUAUGGGAUGCAGAAACAGGCAGAAUGAGGAGGGUCCUAAAAGUUGCGUAUGGAAAUCCCCUCUGCGUGGCAUUCUCCCGUCAUGGCAACUUAGUCGCUUCUUCUAUAGGGGAGCCUCGGGGUGCUGCGAUAGAGAUCUGGGAUAGACACACAGGCAACCUGGUCAACAGCAUCAAGACUAGCUGUGAUGUCAUACACGCUAUUACCUGCUCUCCUGACAGCGAUGUACUCGCCGCUGCCAACGAUAAAAAUUCGAUCCAGCUCUGGGACCUUGGGACGUGUAGUUUCCUGAGGGAGAUUGCAUAUAAAGGCGCGAGUUCCAUUACGUCAAUGACCUUUUAUCCGGAUGGGAGUCUGGUUGCUUUAACCCUUGGUCGAAUCAAGACCUGGGUCAUUGAAAUGGGGAAAUCGAAAUGCAUGAUUAAGCCUGGCGUUGAGUCUGACUUUCAUACUGACGAUCAGCCUUGGUGCUGUGAGCGGAUGGCUCAGCUGGAUUCAUUCGUGCUCUCAGUCAAGGGUCAGGUCGCUAGUCAAGGCCCAAAUCACCACUCAGUGCAUCGGUAG